CUGUUUCCUUCUACAGGUCAGGACUUUGAACGACAGCUGUCAGUGAUAUUUGCUCGGCUCUGACGUCAGGCGUCUGUGGUGAGAGGGUGGCAGUGCUUUAACGUCAGCUCCAGUCCACAGACAGUCCAGUCAGGAGUCGAUGAUGUGAACAGAUUUUGAAACAAACAAAACACAGCACCCGCACACACACACACAGGUGUGCAGCUCACCUCCAUGAGGAGAGACAGAGCCAGUGUUCCAGUUCUAUUUACAGCAGCGUGUAUUUAUACCGACGCUCCUCUAGUCAUACAGGUUUUUCCGCCACGCCCACACACACAAACACACACACUAACAACACCCACUGGGCGUGGAAAGUUCCUGUUACUUUUAUAAUGCUCUUCAUGUUUACAGUUUAGUUGCUUCCCGUAAUGAACAGGUGAUAAGUGUGUUUGCAGCUUCACAAGACCUCACACACACGCACACACACAUCACCACCUUCAGGAUGGCAGGGGAGUGUGUUCUCUGUGAAGGUCCAGACCUGAAGGAAAUGAGCGAGGAGGAACUCUGGAAUCUGAUUAAUGACAACCGCCACCGGAUCUCAUUAGGCGUGCGUCCUGGCAUCCUGAUUCCGUACCUGAGGCAGGCCCGGGUUCUGACGGAGAUGGAUGAGGACGAGAUUCUGUCCUCCCACAACCUGACCAACCGCAGCAUGAGAACCAGCUACAUGCUGGACCUCUUAAUGACCCAGGGUAGGAACGGUGCAGUGGCUCUGCUGGAAGGCUUGAUGAUCCACUACCCCACCUUGUACACCCAAGUCACAGGACGCCAACCCAGCACGGAGCCUUCAAGGUUCAGUGGAUUGAUAAAGUACUCCGAGUUGACUGAGUAUCUGGUGAGGGCAGUGACGGGGAUGCAAAAGGAACUGCAGGAGGCCCGUCGAGAGGCCGGCAGGAUGACGGCACGCUGCACAGCCCUGGAGUCGGACAUUAGUCAAAUGAUAGAGCAGGAGGAGAAGUCCAGAUGCCUCCAGACUGAAAUGGAACGCAUGCGACGGCAUUUAUGCUCUCUGCAGCGUGAGGUCACCAAGCUGAAGGACGAGAAGUGUGAGCUCUACAUGCGCUACACGGCCGCCAUCGAGGAGAAAUCUGCCGUGAACAAGCGCCUCCAUGACCUAAACCUUCAGGUGUAUCAGCUCCAGACUGAGCUUCAGAAAGUGCAGAUGGAAAAUGCAUUCCAGAAGCAGCGUUCACUACGUCGUCCCUCCGUCACAGAGACACCGCAGCUCAAAGAGGAAAUCCAGAGACUGCGCUGUGAGCUGGACAAGGCCGAGAAAAUGGGACCAGCUCAGCAGGACAUCAUGGCCCAGGACCUGGCCGAGGCCAUCGACAGUCAGGUGGAGCUGGCAGGGCAGCUCAGGUGCUACAGAGAGGAGAAUGAAAAGCUGCUGGGGGAGAAACAAGGGCUUAUUGAUCAGAAGGAGUGCCUGAACCUUCAGCUGCAGCAGCUGACCCUGGAAUGUAACAUGCACCAGCAGAAGAGCUCCAUGAUCCAGGAUCAGAUGAGGGAGCUGCAGGCAGAGAGGGACCAGGCGUACCAGUCCAGGGAUGAAGCCCAGACCAUGAUCGCCCGGCUCUUGGCAGAGAAGGACUCUUUGCGGUGCCAGCUGGUGGAGGUCCAAGGGAGGGUCUUCAGUCAACAGGCCAAAUGCAAAUCCAGACGGCAGCAGCAGCAACAACAGAGCUCUGAUGAGACGGAGGACAACUGGGAAUGUCUGAGGUCCAGCUCCGAGGAAUCCUUACACUCAAACAGACGCAGGCUGAGACGCAUGGAUGCAAUGAAUCCACUGGUUGUGAGUCCCUGCCAGGCAGAGAUUGAGGACGUACCAGCCAGCAGUGUACGGUCCAGAUCUGCAGAACCUCCAGGAGCAGAGUCGCUUCGCAGAAGAGAGAUGUUUCUGCAAGAAGACAGCAGCACUGAAGCAGCAGAGGUUGAGUUCUUGUCAGACGACUUUGUCAUCCUUCCCCAUGUGGAUGGUGAAAAGGUGGAGAGACCCAAGCUGUGCUCCACCAAGAGCUGUGAGUCUGUUCCUCCCUUCCUCCUUCGAUGUCGCCCUAAAGCUAUGCGCAUCAGCGACCGUGUUCUCAGCAUCUCCUUCCAGGGGGAGGCGCUGCUCACACAGCUGACAGUGGUGGGGGGAAAUAAGACAGGAGUGUUUGUGCGCCAGGUGACGGAGGGGAGCAUGGCCCAAACUGUGGGCAUUAGUCCAGGAGCCCAGAUAGUGGAGGUGAAGUAUGAGCAGAACCAGAAGGCACUGAGAAUGGUGCUGCUGGACUCCACCCUAGAAGAAGCCAUGUGGGCUCUAGGUCAGGUCACAGGCCUGUGCACCCUCUCCCUGCGGCCCAGACAAGAUGACUACGAGGCUUUGCUGCAGCAGCUGCAAAACAAGGAGAUUUCCUCAGGAGAUUCCUUUUAUGUACGAGUCAAUCUGUCUUUGCCUGCUGGAGACACCGGGGAUCUGGCCCUGUCCUGCCACGACAUCCUGCAUGUGACUAAUACAAAACCUGAUGGAACCGAGGACUCUUGGUUUGCCAGUCAAGUUCACCCCUGCAGGCUCCUGGACCUCCAGAGUGGAACUUUACCAAAUUAUUACAGAGCCCAAGUACUCCUGAUCCAAGCCAUUGAGGACAUGAGCUUUCAAACAAAGAAGUCUCUGAAGUUUGGGCGCAGUGUUUCCCAACCUGAAGAGAAAACUGUGAGGAUUGUUAGCACAGUACGUCAGGGCAGAAACCCACUAUGGGUCAGUGUGGAGGACGAAAAAUCAGGUGAUACGUCUGCUCCCAAGAGCUGUGUCACUCUCAUGCCCUACACCCUGGUCACGCCUCACUACCCACCAGUCUGCAGACCUGUCCUCCUGCUGCCAACUAUACUGGGACGCAUGCUGGACAAGAAACUGGAGGAGUGGCCUGGCUUUCAGGUCUGUGAACCUGAGAUACUGAGCUCCUGUGAACAUGCAGCCCGGUUACAGAGGUCUGACAUCCUGGAUGGGUGUGACCAGGAAGCCAACUCCUGCUACACUCUACAGGGUGUGGAGAAGAUCAUGAAGAAGGGGAUUCACUGUGUGCUGCCGCUGGGCCUGGACUGUGUGCGUCGUCUGCACCGGAGCGAGAUCUUCCCCAUCAUCAUCUUCAUCAGACAGACUGCACGUAGUGCACGUAAACUGAGGUCGAAGCUUCAGCGUCUGGGUCAGUCUGAUGAACAGCUGUUGGCUUGUUCCAAGAGCGAGGAGCCGCUGCUGGACAAGCUGCCGUGUCUGUACCGCAGCGUGGCUGCUGACUCCUGGUGUGACCAGACCUCACUGCUCACCAGUCUACGCACUGUCAUCUGGGAGGAGCAGAAGAAGAUCGUCUGGGUAGAGCCUGACCUGUGGUGAAGUGGGAGGACCAUCAGAUACAGAACAAAUACAAAUAUGUCAAGUGAUAACAAGGAAUCAUUUUAGACAUGACAAAUGUCAGUAUGUAUCUGUGAUACGUGUGAGUAAACUGUGUAAAUAGUAAGUGAUAAUGUGAUAUGGACAUGUUAUGGAAUGUGACUUUAAUCUCUUUUUUUUAAGAGUUAACUAAACAGGCAACUUAACCAGAGUUUUUUUUAUUCGGGUGACAGGUUUUUAUUCGGGUUUACCUGAUACCAUGGACCACUAAAAACAAAUGAAACAGCUGUGCAGCUGUCUGCACAAAUACAAAUUUAAUAAAUAAAUAAAUAGUACUACUUCACUCCAGUAUAACAUGCAGUAUGACGUGUACUAUCAUGCAUUGCUCAGGAAGUUUUGUGUGGCGGUACUUUAGUAGUAAUGAUGACUAUUAGUACUAUAAGUGUACUAUACUCACAACAACAAUAAUCUUAAUAAACGUCAUAAUUAUGAUUUAUUCAAAAUAGGUAUUUCAAAUUAGGUUCUCCGCGGUCUCUAAUUUCUUUUUAAUGUUGCACUAAUAAUAGAUCCGUGUGAAAGGCUUCAGGUGAAAUCAAUUAACGCUGAAUGACGUCGGUUGCUGCGCACGCGCAGGUGCGAUUGUUUCCAAGUUUCCUGACAGCGGUUAACUUCAGGCAAAUACAGGAAAAUGUCAGGCCGUUAAACACUAUAACAAUGACAUUAAAUAUGUUUAAUAUACAUAAAAUAACUAAUUUCUUAUAUUCGUUAUAUUAUUUCGGAUGUCGACUAUUAUUUUUUCUGCGCACGUAGAAAGACAACUCAGGAAAGACGGCGGAAAGUCAAAGUCGUUGGUGCCACUGUUGACAUAUUUGAAACAUCGUUAUUUUGGAUCGAACUGAACAGAGAAAACAAACAGUCUGAUCAAAACUACAACCAGUGUCGUCUACAUUUGUCACUGUAACGUCGAACGUGACACACUAACGCCAACAGUCGUCACGUUGUCAGAAGUACAACGUUGUCCAAGGCCUUCAGCGAUUGUCUUUACAAACGUCUCCUGGAGCUGUCCUGACGGUCCGUGUGUUGUCCCAGAGUCCGAUGGCACCUCUAGGCCGCAGCUUAAGAUGUCCAAAUCAUCUGAACCAUAGAUGAACCGCUGGUCUUGUGUUCUGCUGGUCCAUCCUGGUCAUACUCAGCUCUGUUUGUCAGACACUGCUGCUGUCUCCAGACCAAACAUCAGCACCAGUCUACAGCUACAGAAGUUCUUCUCUCCCCAACAAAAAGACUUCUUUUCACGGAGCAGAUCAGUCAGAACAGCCGACGCCUCGAUGGCUGUGUUAACAAAAAACAGUUUCGACUUUCUCUACCACUUCUCCUAACUCAAGACAGAAAUGUCGAAAAUCUUCAUAGUUGUAAAAAACAUGGAGCCAAAUAUUGAUGAGCACAAAUGGAGGUUCCUUUAUCUGAGGAGCAGUCGGGGCAGAGGGCUUGUUUCCUGGGCAAAAUCCCAGAAGGUACUGGAAACCAGACUUUAAUAUAUUGGCUGGUAAAUCUUUAAUGAUAUGGAGAUUAGAAUGGGCGCUGUCUACACAUCUGCUUUAAAUACUUCAUACAAAAAUGAAAAAAAAAAUUAAAAGCUGCAGAAAGUGAAAAGACACUGUGGCCUAAAACUUUUGCACAACCCUCUGCGUUUACCAUGAUGACUUCUCUGCUGUAAACGUUGAACCCGUCGUCAUUUGUGACCAUGGUCACAGCAUCAAACUGGAGCAGCUCUGGUCAGAGACAGUAGCUUUUAGUGGACGGCCUUGGCUGAGCAUCAACAGCUGAGGCUGGCGUUUUAAUAGGUAUUGACUCCAGGUUUUAACCACGUCCUCCCAACACGCUUAAAAGCCCAUGUUCCACUGAUUAGCUAAUUAAAACCUCGAGCGUGGGCUAUUGAUUGAGAGGAAGGGCAGUUGGGAGGCACAUGUCCCUCAGCUGGAUCCUGCUCCGUUUCUCUCUCCCACACAUGGUCACUCUGUUUAAAACAAAGCAAAAAACACAACAUCACCAAGGCCUUUCACACUCCUCUGUGUGUCCGUGUGUGUGUGUGUGUGUGUGUGAGACCAGCAUGCACUUGGUCUCCUGCCAGCCUCUCAGUAAUGGUAGGUAUUUAUAUCCAAAGCUAUCAGACACCUGAAGGCUGCAGAUUACAGCCUUGCUCUCGGACAGGUAUCCAUACAAGUGUUGCUGCUCUAUUUUUACAGAAUAAAGACUCUUUCCUCUCAACAUCACCUCACAUUACACUUAAUACCAUGAUGUCAACAGAUUCACCACAGAGCCAGACGACAGGUUUCUUUUUUUUUAUGCUGGUAAAACAACGAUGUUUACUGAGAAACAAAUGUCUGUCUACAGCAGCAGCAGUGCUGACUCCACCCAGCUGAACUCUGAAGUAAAUCAGUUUGUUCACUGUUGCUGCUGUUUCUUUCUCAUUUCAAAACCUGCUGCAAAAUAUUUGCCAAGUUGACAAGUUGGUAUUUGAUUCAGUUACUUGGUUUUGGUCUGUGGUAGAAACUGGUUACCAGGUUUGAGCCACUCUUCUUUUUCUUCUCUUCUUGUUUUUUGUAUGCAUGUUUAUGAUGUCACAGCUGGUAAUUUUGUUAUAUAUAUAUAAUUAUAUUUUUGGGAGAGGGUGGGUCUGUUGUUGUGGGCACAAUUGUUCCCUUUUUGAACCUUUUACAGGUAUGGUUCAAGAUUUAGUUGAUUAAGAUUAGUGUCAGAUAAGAGUGUGGCUAAAUACGGGGACAUCUCUAGAAUGUGUUUGUGGGUUUGUGUACCUCCUCUUCACUUCCUGUGCCCCAAAAAUGAAUAUUGAAUUUGGGUCAAAUACCACUGAAAUAUUUUAGUUUGUCUUAGAUUUUUAGGUUGGUAUGGGACGUGCAGUUGUCUUUUCCAAACCUGAGUGAAUAAUGUCCACACAGGCUUCUGUACAGUAGGAAAACCUCAGGAGUAGGGCUUCUUGAUUAUGGCACAUUGUUGGUGUGUUACUGAAGUGAAGUGUGUUACUGAAGUGUUGGCUUCAAAAUGUAGUCAAACAGUCAGUCUGUGGUGAAUGACCUUUUUCUACCAAUUUGAAAUGGUGAAUUUAUUAAAGCCUAAAUACAGCAGGUGAAUAUUUGUCUUUUGUUUGUGUCCAUCCUAAAGCCGACCGUUGUGAGUUCAUCUGUGUUUGUGGUGGAACCAUCCGGCAGACUCACAUUUCCUCCUCUGUAUUCAUGAGCUCGUCUCUCCUGGGACCAAGGAUUAGGAAAAGAAGGGAAAUGAAUUCUCUCUGGGUCGACGGCGUUCUCUCUGCCUGCAGCAGCAGCAGCUCUAUUGUCUUUUUUUUCCAUGGAUGCAGUUCACAGGACAUUUGAUCAGGGAGCUCUGACACACAUGACGCUGCUGUUACUGCAGAUGUCCUGCAGAGGAAGUGAAUGGUGUUUGACAGGAAGUGCUGUCUUAUUAGGACAGCAAGAGAAACUACACUUGUUGUGGACAGGAAGAAGACUCUGUUGGCUUCCUGUUUACCUUUCCCUCACUGUCAACAGGAAGUGAACAGAAUUAGCAGAUUGAUAGAGAACUGAGAUGUUAGUGGAUGUCAACUUCCUACAAGUCUUUUUUUACCAUCAGCUUUAGACCAGUCCUCUUUGGAGGAAACAGAUGCUCAGGCGUGAUCUGAUGUCUUACUGUGUGUCUGCAGCUGCUGUCCAACCCAUGAGGUUUUCACUCACCUGGACUGAGACAGGUUUAUCACUUGGAGUGAUGAUAAAAAUCAUCUGUAAUCACAGCUACAUGAUCAGCUCUAGUUUUAGAUCUUAGAGAAGGAUGAAAACAACAAUGUAAGCCAAAGCUCAGCAUCUUCCUCAAAUUCACCUUUGUUUUGUUUUGCUGUUGGCAUGAGUCAAUAAUUUGUGCUGGGGAUUUCCUUUGUACCAGUUUGUGCAGUGGUACAGUGUUGGACAGUCAGAAAGAGACAGGACUGGAGGACUGUUCUGGUAGAACCAUCAGUACUGGAGGAAUGUACAGUUGGUCUAAUUGGUAGUGCAGCACCGUGCUCAGCCUGCAGUUGGCAACACUGUGUAUAAAUGCAUUAGCAGCUUCUUUAAGGAGUAUACAAGGUGUUAGCCCAGUUUGAGAGGUGGAGCAACACAACACACACAGCCAUUUGUUCCUUUGUAUUGAUUUUGUAUAUUGAUUAUAUUUUAUAGUCAACUGUUACAAAAAGCAUGAUCACAUCGUUGUCCCUCAUUUUGAAUACUAUUCUUCAGUCCUCUACAUCGUACAGAUUUUUUUCUUUCUAAUCGAAACAUUCAUGCUGCAAAAAUUAAAAUAAUGGACUAAAGCUUUAGAGAAUUUUGAUGAAGUCCCUGACCAGAAAAACCACCAUCGUUUUCUUCCUUUUGUCCAAAUUACUAUCAAGGGAAUUUAAAUGGCUGUUAAUUACUCUCACCUCCGUAUAUGAGAGAGAGGGAGAGAAAGACAGAGUGAGAGGAGGUUGGGGAGGGGGGGGCUUAAGCUUUAUUAUAAAAAAAAAAAACCAAAUCAAUGUUUCCUCUAAACCAUCCACAAAAUUGCUCUACCGCGCGCACACACACACUCACACACGCAGUAAGAUGAUCCUGUAA